CAAGAUGCCCACCGAGCAUUGGAGUUGUUGGAAGCCUACCACGACAAACUGACUGACCACCAAGAUCUCCCACUGAAAAAUGCCAUAGAAAAUGUCAUUCGCAUUUUCAAGAGCUGCCUAUUUCAAGCUCUACUUGACAUCCAGGAAUUUUACGAGGUGACCUUGAUGAACAACGAGAAAAGUGUCCACCAGAAAAUGAUGGAGACCCUCUCGGUGGCCACCAAUCUCGAACUCAACUCUGAGGCCCUGGCAUUUCCAAUUGCUUAUGAGGUCAGUGAUUUAUUUCUGUUGUUUUUUUUUUGA